UGUAGGUCCUCCUCGAGCUGCCGCUGGAGCCUGCGCUUCCGGCGCUUGAGCGCGUUCUUGGCUCGGGUCCGGGUCGUGGCCAUCAGGAUUUAUUGGGAUUGGUCGCGCGUGAAACCGGUUGCGUGAACCGGUUUAUUGCCUCCGGCGUCCCGAUUGGCUAAAAUCACAGUACAAAAGAUCGCCACCAUUGUGGACCAAGCCGGAUGACGACGAUGCGAAGCGAUCGCCGGGGCCGACGCAUGCUGCGGCCAUGGAGCGAGCCGACCGAGGAAGCCGAGUUGCAGCGCGAGUACCCGUACGUGGACCUCUACGUCCGGGCGACGCGGCAGAUGAUCGGCCUCGACGCGCCCGACCCGGCGCCAUGCAGCUCGACCGGGUUGUACCUGCGGCCGAUCCAGCACGACGCGGUGCGACGCCAGCUUGAAGACGACAAAGUCAAGAUCCCCAAGGACAUGAAAAGGGAUGACGUUCAAGCCAAGACGGUGCGCACGAUCGAGAUGUACCUCGGCCACCUCGCGAUCAUCAUGGACGAGCACGUCUGUGUCACGACGCUGCCUCGGUCCUUUGCCGAGCUCAUGGAGACCGUCGCGUCCCUUCGGCCCAACCAAGACCGUGUCUGGUCCCACCAUGAAGCGCUGCCACGCUUUGUGAUCCACGACGAGCUCUCGUACCUCUGCUUCACCAACACCCACGUCCGCUUCGUCUACAUCUUCUAGUGCAUCUUGCCUUGCUCUUCUGCAUGCACCCACCGAAACCAAUGCAACAAGUGUUGUGUCUUCCUCGGGUCGUCUUUGCAUUGAUGGUUCCUCGACUGCAACAUGUUGGUGGUGUCAACUUCAACCGCGGUGCGAUCGUCGCCAGCGGCCAAC